GCUCUCGUGCUGGGACCUCCAAAAUCACCUUGACCAUCAACACCCCGCAAUUGUCACCGUGCGAAUCAACUCUGAGUGCCUCUGCGUCCGGACUCCUAUACAACCCGACCGAACUUCACGGUCUCCAGUCACACGAGACAACGUUCGUCGCUGCCGCCAAUUGUAGUCCCGACCCCAGAUAAACAACGCACGCGCCGACCACGAUGAUUCGCGACUUCGAAGCAUGGAACGCCAACAUCGGCGAGCUCAGCGAGCUGCAGGAGCUCAGUGGCUGCCGCGUGGCUAUCGAGGCUGCUCACUACCUACAGCACCGCAUCCUGAGCCAUCCCCGCGCAAGAGAACCACUCGUACCUGCCCUCGGCGGUCUGCCACUUGGCAUGAAGCAGUACAUCGAAGAAGACCUGACGACAUUCGAGAGCCUACAAAUCGAACCAUGGUUCGUAUUCAGUGGUUUGGACAUCACAAAACCGGACGACCCGUUCCAGCAGAAGCAGCGUGAGGCUGGAGUGAACACAAUGGCCUGGAGCUUGUACGAUAGCAACAAGGCUGAGGCGUCUGUCGCCAAGUUCGGAGAGUCAACAUACGUUACGCCCGAGGACCUGUUCCGUUUCCUGCAGUCGAUUUUGAUCGAGCGCAAAGUUCACUUCCAGAUCGCGCCUUACAGCGCCUGGGCUCAGGUACAAUCACUCGAGGUUUGACAGAACAGGCUACUGACACUACGCAGCUGGCAUACCUCGAGAAGGAAACCCUCGUACACGCAAUAUCAGGCGCAUCCGAAGUCCUCUUGUUCGAGUGCGAUAAGGUCGUAACGUCGUGGAACCUCGAAGACAAGACCUUCAGUUGGACGAAGCGAGCGAA